UUGAUUUUCAAAAAGAAAUGUUGGAGUAUUGUAGGUAAUUAGUUGUUUUAAUAUUUACCGAUUACUUAUUACUUCUUUUGUGUGUGUGUUUCUUAAUGCAUCGAAAAAAAAAUGCCUUUUGUUUUAUGUUUAGAUCUGAUGUAGAUAUUUUGAGGAGAAGUUGUUCUAUAUUUAGAGAAGAGAUGAUCAGAAUAUCUGGUGUAGACCCAUUCUGGUAGGUUUCUAUUACUUCAUUUAAUCUAUACUGUAAUUUAGCUCAAACGAGUGAUUCUCACUUUUUUUCCCCCUUCAGUUAUAUCACUAUUGCGUCAACCUGCAUGGCUGUCUACAGGAGUAGACAUUUGCAAUCAGGUACAAUAGCGAUGGUUCCUGUAAAUGGAUACAUCAACUGUACCAACUACAGCUCUGAUGCGAUCAGAUGGUUAGAUUUUGUUGCUUCUGAUCAAGACAUCACGAUUGAACACGCUUUGAAUGGAAGUGGGGAAAUAAAGAUUGGAGGUGUGUCUGUUGAUGGAUUUUGCAGACAAACAAAUACCAUAUACCAGUUUCACGUGAGUUUAUUUUAAUGUAUGAUUACUUUCAUUGUAUAAAAUGAUUGUCUGAUUAAAUAUUUAUGAUUUUUUUUAUUUUUAACAGGGCUGUUUUUAUCAUGGAUGUCCAGACUGUUAUGAGGGAGAUACAAUUCACCCUUUCAAGAAAUGCCCCAUGUCAACUUUACUGGCCAAAACUAAGGAAACUUCUGAUAAAUUUCGAUCAUCAGGAUAUGAGGUAAUUGAGUUAUGGGAGCACCGAUUUAAAGCCAUGAUGAAAGAAAAUGUAGAAUUGAGGAUAUUCGCAGAUAAUCAUGAAAUUCAGGAAAGACUCAACCCUCGGGAUUCCUUUUUCGGUGGAAGGACGAAUGCCUUAAAAUUAUUUUUUGAAGGUGAAGCAAAAUAUGUGGAUUUCACAUCAUUAUAUCCAUGGGUAAUAAACUUUUGUUAUUUUUUUCAAUUAUAGAUUAAAAAUUCUAUUAAUGUUAUUAUAUUUUAACAUACUAUUUUUACAGGUCAACAAAUACUGCAGAUACCCAACCGGUCACCCUGAAAUCAUUACAUCUAGUUUCCAGGAUAUAUCCAAUUAUUUCGGAAUAAUAAAGUGCAAAGUUGUUCCCCCACGAGGUCUCUUUUUACCUGUGCUUCCCUACAGAUGUAAUGGAAAGUUAAUGUUUCCUCUGUGUAGGACUUGUGUGGAGAGUAUGACACAGUUGCGUUGCAACCACGAAGACGAGGAACGCUCUCUAAUCGGUACAUGGGUAUCUGAAGAAGUGAAAUUAGCUGUAGAUAAAGGUUACAGAGUUGAAAAAAUUUACGAGGUCUAUCACUUCAAUGAGAGCUCGGAUAAACUUUUCCGCUCUUAUAUUGAUCUCUUUUUAAAAAUUAAGCAAGAGAGUAGCGGUUGGCCAAGAGGGUGUGAUACAGCAGAAGAAAGAGAGCAAUAUAUUAAAGAUUACGAAGAGAAGGAAGGAAUUUUAUUGGAUCCCGACAAAAUUAUGAUGAAUCCUGGUCUCAGACAAAUUUCCAAAUUGCUUUUGAAUAGUUUUUGGGGAAGAUGGGGAAUGAACCUCUCCAAAACUCAUUUGACCUAUGUCCACGAUCUUCCCGAAUUCAAUAAGAUAUUGUCGGAUUCUACCAAAAAGGUUAAAGAUGUUUAUUUCCCUACCCCCGAGGUUGCCGCUUUGCAGUGGCAAUCCCACACGGAAUUUAUAGAGCAAGACACCUCCACUAACAUCUUUAUUGCAACAUUUACCACAGCCUGGGCACGCCUUAAGUUGUACGAAGAAAUGGAUAAAUUAGGAGAGAACGUGUUAUAUCACGAUACAGACUCAAUUAUCUACGCUACUAAUGGUGAUAAUGAUCCACCUUUGGGUAACUUCUUGAGAGAAUUUACAGAUGAGCUGGAUGGUGACGUAAUCACUACAUUCGUGUCUGGCGGAGCAAAGAACUACGCCUACACCACUAGGGCUGGUAAAACCUGUUGUAAAGUGAGAGGCUUCUCAUUAAAUGCUAGAAACUCUGCUAUAUUGAAUUUUGAGUCUGUGAAACAUCUGGUAUGCUCAUUAGAUCAAGAUGCUACUAUUCCUAUUCACAACCCCUCAAAGAUUACACGACAACCGAAGAAGAGAAAAGUGGUCAAUGUUGCAGAGACAAAAAAUUACAGGAUGGUAUAUGAUAAAAGGGUAAUUGACCCAUCUGAUUUUUCUACCCUUCCUUACGGCUUUUAA